AUGGACUGGGAUCCACAGAGAUCACAGCCCCUGACAUGGCAGUACACUGCUAGCUCCGUUCUUAAAUACAACGUGCGUUUUCUGAAUGUAUCUGGUCUGUGGCCACUGCAAGGCUUCCAACUGUUUCGCAUCUGUAUUGCCACCAUAGUCACUCUGUGCUUGGGUCACAUUGCCGAAGCCGGCAUCAACCUCUGCACACUGCGAGGGGAGCUGGAAGACUACACACUGGCGCUGUCCAACGUGUCGGUCAUAAUCGUCGGAGUGCUCAAAGUGGCGAUCUUCCUCCGUAACGAGGGCAGUUUCUGUUUCCUGGUGCGCUGGUUGGACGCGCUGGUGGAGCGCCAGACAGAGUACGUGCGCGACCAGCCGUCGCGCGAGGCAAUCUUCAGGGAAGCUCGGCAACGCGCCAGUCGCAUCUCCAAAGGUCUCGACACGUACAACGUCUCCCUGCUCAGCCUGUGGACCGUUGCACCACUGAUCGCUUCCUCUGGCGACAAGAGACUGCCCUUCCAGCAGCUGCCCAUGGCGAAUACGACAACCUUCCCACUCAGUUAUGAUUCUCAUCGGAGCUCAGUUGAAAUUAGUGGGCUCGCGAAUCGCUGA